UUUACAUUGCAGUAUUCAGUGGAUUAACAGACCCUGAAUGCAACACGUUGAGCGGUAAAGGAGGAAGAAUGGCAGGCCUGUGGAGAUCCUACCAGGUCUUGAUGAGCAAAUACCCCUGGACAGUGCAGAUAGUGACCGCUGGGUCUUUAGUGGGUGUCGGUGAUGUCAUCUCCCAGCAGCUGAUUGAGAGGAGGGGAUUGGCUCAACACAAUGUGCAACGGACGGCUAAGAUGAUGAGCAUUGGUUUCUUUUUUGUGGGUCCAGUAGUCGGCAGCUGGUACAAAGUUUUGGACAGACUGGUGGUUGGAGGGACAAAAACUGCUGCUAUGAAGAAAAUGCUGGUUGACCAGCUGUGUUUCGCUCCGUGCUUCUUAGGAGCUUUCCUCUGUAUCUCUGGUGCCCUGAACGGACUGACGGUGGAUGAGAAUGUCGCCAAGCUCAAGAGGGACUACACAGAUGCACUGAUAUCUAAUUACUAUCUUUGGCCUCCAGUCCAGAUUGCCAAUUUCUACUUCAUUCCACUGCAUCAUAGGCUGGCCGUCGUCCAGAUCGUUGCCGUUGCCUGGAACUCCUACCUGACCUGGAAGGCCAAUAAGAUGUGAAGGAUGAUCACAUGUCCGGCCUGUGCCGUUGUUGCUGAUGAUGAAGAUUUUUACACUCAUUUGUAGUGUUUGUGCUUGUGACAUGGACCUAACUUACUUGAGGCUGCUUAGUCUUGUGGUAUUUCCAAUGUGUAAAGCUGUGACUGAGUCACACGUAAAGGUCGGGAGAAAGUGCUUGUCUACUCUGAAUGACAAAUUCACACUUGAAAGUCAAACUUGCAUUUGCAGAAAUGUCUGUGAAAGUUGGUUAUUUAUGGAAAUGGGAUUUGGCAGACGCGCGCGCACACACACACACACACACACACACACACACACACACACACACACACACACACACACACACACACACACACACACACACACACAGGUUGCAAAUGAAACUUUUCUAAUCUGUUUACUGUAUUGAAGUAAUAAUAAUCGUGUUAAGGAGGUUAGCGAUUAUCAUGUUCUGUCUCAUAAUGAUUCGCUACUUUAAUCUGUUUAAUUUCUAAUAAUGUGAAUUUAAUUGAUGUUUGUUUUAUUCACUUCUUUCCACGUUUCACGUAUAUCCUAUGACAUUAACUAGUUCUCUACAUUUGACAAUCCUCAGGAAAUGCUUGUUAGCGUGGUUCAUGAUGUGUAAAUUGUCUUGGUCAUCAAAGACAGUUUUCACCCAAAUUAUAUCAAGUUUUAUCUCUUCUAAGUUAGAAUUCAUUUUAGUCACUUGAGGCCUGUGUGGGUGAAAUACAUACCAUCACCUGACGCUAAAACAAAAAUCAUGUCUUGGGGAAAAUGGUCUGAGAUGCUGAAGAAAAGAUGAUAAAGGAAUAGAUUUUAAAGGCUCAAUUAUUACAACUAAUUUCAUUCUCAUGCCUCUCGUGUUAGACAGUUAACCUGCUUCUGUCUUAGGGUAACAGUUAUUGACACAUUCAUUGUUUCUUCAGUUCCUACAAACCUCAGUGUAUUUCUUGACAAGGUGGGUGUAUUUUUUUUCCAACAAACUCCACUUCUUGCCUGCCAGUCUUAUAUCUGUGUUGUUUUUCCAUUUCAGUUUUUGUAUGGAUUAAACAAACCUCAUACAGGCCUGUUUGUUUACAGCGUUUGUUCUCAGCCAAACCAACCGGCAUCAUACUUGGUGCACAGACAAUGAAGUGAGAAAGAAAAUAAUCAUGUUUACCAAACUUCCUUUUUACAGUGUCACUGAUUUUACUUUCUGUCAAACUAGCUGCUAAAGGUUCACCUAAUUACUAGAACAGGUCGAGGCUGUUCAAGUGUAGAUUUGUCUGUUGUUCUUCGGUACACACAGGACGUUUAUACACAUUUGUAGCUACAAAAAGGGCAUCUCUGGUGUACAAGCCAAUAAAGUUUCACAUGAGUUGUUGUCAA